ACUUACUCACGAGACAAAAUAAGGUAGGGUCUGCCAUGUAUAAAAGCUUCGCCAUAACGUCACAACUAUCUGUAUGAAGCUAACCUCGUUGAUCGAGACAGUUAUAUACACCGGUCGGUGCGUGUUGACUUUCAAUUUUUUGGAGAAGACUCAUUGUUGAACUCCGGAUUUUCACUAGGUUUAAGAAAGUUCUAGAAUUUUGAAGCGCCAAACUCAGGAGCAAGAAAGGGAUGAUGAAGGCGUUUCUUCUAUCGCUCGCAUACAUGGUAUGCUCCAUCCCAAUGGGAUGGGGGUGUGUGUCUGGUGCGGGUCCAUCGUGGGAGAUAUCCAAGCCUGGCCGUGGAAGAGGCAGACCGACAGGUGUAAUGCCAAGGCCAGGGGUAGCUCCAAGACCAGGUCCAGGAGGUCCACUAGGCCGAAAGGAACCAAGCCGUCCAAGAAUACCCGAAGAAGUAGCGAGAUACUUCGGUGGAUUGAUCAGCAAGGAAGAAGCUUUCGCAAGCAUCGAUCUUGAUAAUGAUGGCCAGGUGGCUAUUGACGAGUGGAUUGUCGAAGGCGGUACCGGGUCCGACUAUCUUCACAUGCUUCGUCGACUUGAUGCCAACGGCGAUGAUAUGAUCUCUCUUGAUGAGCUUCAGCCAUUUAGCCUACCAAACGAACCGGUGGACAGGACUCUCGAAGAAGUGGCGGAAAUACCGACUGAUAUUCCACUGGAGAGACCAAGACCAGGGAGCAUACCUCGAGAACCCAUCCCCAGAAUACCGAGACCCUACAAUCAUGACAAUGCUAGAGCAAUGCUCGACCCCCGAUACAGGUACCGGUUCCUACCUCGUGAACUCCAACUCCAACACCGGCUUCAACGUGAAUACCAAAUUCCUUGAACGAUACAAUCGAUAUCAGGUUAUGAACAGCAUUGACUUAACCCGGGAAGUGAAAUCGGAUCAAGUUAACCUAUAUACCGAUCCCCCGAUAUUACGUGGACACCGAUUAAUUAACCUGGCCGGUCAAUCUCCAAUAUAUCGAUAACUUGGAGAAUUGGAAAAGAGAACUGCCUGGUUGAACCGAGGAUAAGAUCAAUUUCAAAAGUGUAAAUAAUGGUCUGCCUCUGAACACGUACCUUCAUUUAUCAUGUCUGCAUUUAUUUAGUUUGAGGAUCAUUUCACAAAAAUAGCAAUAAAGACAUUUCAUAAAACUUCAUCACUCCUGAUUUUGUGUACAUAGAUAUGUAUUUAAAAAAAGAAGAGGGCCAUAAUUUUAUGGCCAAAAAGCCGCUUCAUUACCAACCGAAUGGCUUGUCCAUAGGUCGGAUCUAUAGCCUAAAGACUAAAAAAACAAAAUGUCCGACUGAUCUUUGAUAUAAUAACUUCGUUGCAAAACCUAAUGAUGUAUUCCUCGACUAUACAGUGCGUCCCAGAAAGGGGGAAACCGGGAUUUCCAUGUAUAUUUUUUCUUUAAAGGCAAAUGAAUUAUGAUAUUUCAUUUAUAUUAUCAUAUUAUUCGAUUGUUCUUCUUUAUUUUGAUACAAGAUUUUAGACAAACACUUCAAGCAUUACUGAGCAAGACGAGUUUGAAAUUUCAAUGUCAAACCAGGUUGUGCAGCAAAAUUGGACAUGAUUGGCUAGUGAUAUGACAACCGUGCUUAAUUGAAUUAUUGGCACAUUAGCAUUUCUUUUGUAUUCUUUGUUAAGAUUCUCUCGCUAAUCCCUUAAAUUGGAGCGGAUUCAGAUUCACACGAGAGUUUAUGCGAGAAUUGUUUCUGAUAUUGUUUGCAAUCUGCCACGCCAGCCACGAUUUGCUAAGCUGUUGAUUUCAAAUGAGAGAUGAGAUUCCAAUCGUGCAAUGAGUAUCAAAUUUAUAGUAAAAACAUAAUUUAAUAAUUGUGAAAUCUAUCUAUGAAAAUGGGUUUCCUUUUCUGUGGAACGCACUGUAUAAUAGUUUGAUUAUAUAUAUAAUGUACAUAUGAAACCCUCACAUUGUCAAUUUCGUCGAAUGUAAACGACAACAAUUUUCUCAACGAUAACAAAUAAACAGUCGGAUUCAAAACCAGUAUGAUACCUUGCAAAUCAGUUAUAUUUAUUUGUGGGGACUUUUAUUCCAUGUGUAAUCUUCAGAUAACAAAUCCUUGAAGCAUGAAAUGCGAUUGAUUUUAUUAUAAAUUCUUAUUAGUCAUGUUCGUUGAUACGUGGAGGAUGCAUUUAAUUCGCUUCCAGUACCGGAAAAAAAAUGCAUUACCCAACUCCCUCCAAAAGUGAUAAAGGUUUUCGUUUUUGCAUUGUAUAUGCUAUACAAAAUCUGAACGCAUUAUUCAAAUGUCAAUUUUCUAUCUUGUCGGGAAACUGUAAAUUGUGUGUACCUUUAAAAAAAAUUCAAAAAAUUUCGCUUUUAUAUCCUGAAUCUGUUCCUCCAUAUAUCUUCAGAAAACUACUAUAACUAGUUCGAAAUUCGACAUUUCUAUCAUCAGUACUUUUGGGAUUCUAAACAGUGUUACACGCCUAAUUUAUCUAUUUUAGGUUGAAAAAAAGGUUUGUUUAUGAUGAUUACAUAAAAUCUGGUCUAGUAAACGUAUCAUGUGUGCUAUGUCAGCGUUCCCAAAUAAAUUCAUUCCUUUUUAUUCUA